AUGAGCAGUGCCAAUGGGCAGACAAUUACAGUGUGUGGCAAUGUCCUUCGCUUAGUAGAGACAAUUGGCCGCGGCUCUUACGGCACUGUACACAAAGCCAUUAAUUUGUCUUCUGGAGCACCUGUAGCCGUUAAAAUGAUCGGCAAGGACAAAUUGCGGCGGCCACAUGAGCGUCAAAGCAUCGAAAAAGAAAUUGAAACCAUGCGUGUGGCCGUGGAACAGUUUGAAAAUGGACACCCACACAUUGUGCGUCUACUUUGUACGAAGGAAUCGCAGCAACAUAUUUUCAUCGUGCAGGAAUAUUGUGCUGGUGGGGAUAUUGCGGAGCUUAUGAAGGCAAAUAAUGGCUUGACGGAGAAUCAAGCAAAACUCUAUAUGUCGCAAUUGGCGUCGGGGUUACAGUUUCUUCGUUCGCAAAAUGUGGUGCAUCGUGACUUGAAACCUGCCAACUUAUUGUUAUCGUCACGGAAUUCUGCUACUGCUAAGUUAAAAAUUGCGGAUUUUGGAUUUGCACGUGAGUUACAGUCUGAGAUGAUGGCUGAAAGUGUCGUAGGCUCGCCACUCUAUAUGGCUCCGGAGCUCUUGGAGUACAAAUGCUACGAUGCAAAAGCUGAUUUGUGGUCAGUUGGUAUCAUUUUGUACGAGAUGCUGGCAAACGAGCACCCAUUCUUAGUUGUAGACAAGGUUCACGCAACAAAUCACCUCGCAUUGCGGCGAAAUAUCUAUCGCUACUUUGAGUGCUUUGGCCGCGUUCGCCUGCCAAAGAAGGUGAAGGUAUCGCCUGCUUGCGAACAGUUAGUGGAAGGUCUCUUGCGGGUUGACCCACGCAAGCGCAUUUCAUUUGAAGAUUAUUUUCGUGCUGAGUUUUUGCUGCCACCUGCUCCGUCGGACGCUGACGCUUGUGUAGACAAAGCAAGUCUGGAUAGCUCUGAGACGAAGCAACCUCUUGUCGCAGAAAAACAAUCCGAAUAUGAGGAGUGGGCCACCUUUAGUGACGAGUAUGUGAUGGUGGAGAACGAGUAUGAAGACGUCGGUCGGAAAAUCCUUGGCGGUCAGGACCUGAAUGUUGAUUUGGAUGACAAGAUAAAGCAUCAUACGAAAGAGCACAGUUUUUCUGCUGGCACAACCUCGACCAUUAUUGACGGUGGUAUUGAAAUUAAGGACGUCGUUAUUGAUACGGCGUCUCCUCGACACGAACCAGUGGAUUCUAUUGCUCGGAAUGAAAGUGAUGUGAAAUCGAAUAUAUCGGUCCACGAAGUGCUUCCAGUUGCUAAAAAUGAUCAUCGCCUUGUCGAUGAACGCCGUAACUGGAUUACUGACGAUAAUCGUCUUGAGGAACUGUUGGGUAUUUGCUACAAGAGCUUCUCAUGCGGAAGCGUGGCUUUGUUUGUGCCCACACCAUUUGGUGACUACAUUGCUUUUCACGAAGGAUGUCCACACUACUACUUGUCGGAAGAAAGCAUUGCUGCAUCCAAGAAAGACAACAGAAAUCCUCCGUAUGUUCUCGGCCACAUUGUCUACGUUGAAGAUCAUGAAACAACUGAAAGAACGAAUCCAUACUGUCUUCGCGAAGGAACUAAGUAUCAUGUAGUGUCUGUAGCUCCACUAGUAUCUUCAAAUCACGAAGCAAAUGGUAGUGUGGAAACCGCAGAUAGUUCAUCUGCUUCGGAAGAGUUGCCGCUUUCACAAGUACUGACUGGGCGCACCGUAGCAAGUGAUGUAAACGAGAAUGGUUUGCACCAUGCUACUAGUGACCAAGUUUCUGCCGAGAAUUGUCAAGGAUCGAACGAGCACCAGCGAAUAUCAUUUCGUAGUUUUCAGAUCAGCUCACUGGCGCUGUUUUUUCUCAAGGGAGGAAAGCUGCCGUAUGUGGCAUUCAAUGAAGGCGCUCCAAACUACUACCUUGCUAACGAGUCCAUUCAAGCUGCAGUUUUGGGUGUUGGAAGCGACCGCACACCACCCGCUUACAUCUGUGGAGAGAUUAUCUUCAUUGAUACUUUCCAGGCGACCGAGGAUUUCAAUCCAUAUCGCCUGCCAUAUGGAACACGAUUUCAUGUUGUGACGGUCGCUAACCCAAAAAGAACUUAG